AUGGUGAUUGUGCCAUUGCUAAGCUCAACUAUGAAGCUAGUCACAUCGUUGGCGGCUAAACCAGUGGCCUCCGUCUCCGCCUUAUUAUUCUACGGCGGUCUUCUUCCUCGAAAUCUACAAUUAGAAAGACUAACCGGCCGAGAAUUUUCAAUUGAUGGCAAUGACUAUCUUGUUCGGUUUAUCCACAGUUUAUGUGGUGGCACGGUUGUUAGCGACAUUUAUGGUUGGAUGGGUCCAAUCCGUUCUAUGAAAACAUAA